UCAGUUUCGGGGCUCAACUGCAGGAGCCUCCAGCUCUCGCAGCGUUUGCAGGGUUGAAGUCGGGCUGUGCCGCUGCAUUCCAGGGCGCUUCUUCUGCCGGUGUCCCGGCCCCAAACGUUCCCGCGCGGGAGCCCGGCUGGCACCGCCCGGGGAGCUGCUGAUGCGGAGGGGAAUUUGGGGCGGCCGGGCUGCCGCGGCACUGCCCGGGCCGCGCCGCUGCGAGCCGUGCGGAGCCGAGGGGAGCUUUGCCGGGCCGGCGGGCGGGAGAGGCGGCGCGGGCGCUGCGCUGGUCCCGGCCGGUGCCGGCCGCUCUGUCCGCUCCGGGCGCGGGGUUCGGGCGCCGCCGGGGCUCCCUGGGCCCGGUGCCGGCCCCGCCGGGCAGGGCGCAGCGGCCGGGGCUCUCCCGGCGCGGCGCCGCCCCUGCGCGCCCGGGGAGCCGCCGGAGGAGCCGCCCGAGGAGCCGCUUUCCUGCUGGGAGCCGCUUUCCUGCCGGGAGCCGCGCUCCGUCCGGCACCGGGAGCGCGGGGAGCGAUUUUGGAAAGCUGUUUCUGUACUCCUGACUUCCCAUCACGCCAGGGACACGUGGCUUGGAGCACAGCAGCCGGAUUCCUCACUUAGCCGUGUCAGCUUGGUGCAGGUUACGAAUUACAGGGUGACUUGGAAACCCAGAAACAAAGGGAAGAAGCUGGAUGGGGAAGAAAGGCUGCAGAGCUUCCUGCAACGGGCUGCGAGCGCAAAGAGCGAGGAGGCAGCGGAAGACCAGACUCAGGAAUCGGAACGGUUUUCUUGGGUUUAAGAAGCUCGAAUGGCGCUUCAAGACAUUUAUAUCAGACCUGGUUUAAUUUCAUUAGCCUUUUUUUUACAUCUACAAAAAAAACCCCAACCCUCCCCCCCCCCCCACCUCCAGGAUCCAUCGCUGCUGCUGCCGUGCAUGACGAGAAGCCGUCUUCCCUCUGCCCGGAGCAGCUGAGAGAUGGAGCAGCACCCCAAAGGACUUUCUGCUCAGUGAUUAUAGCUGAGUUUUAGUGGGAAUUCUCUGAGCAAUCUGGUGGAUUGUGCUUGAACGUGGCCGUGAGGGUAGCUGAGCACGGCAGUCCGGAUCUGCGAGCCGCGGUGCCGGAGCCAGAGCCUUUGAAAGGUCGUGGGGGAUGCAUUCAUUCCAUUGAAUCCCGGCCCUGUGCUGUGCCCAGGCCCUUUGUACAAAGAGGGUACGGGGAGAAACCAGAACUGCACGUUGCUUGCGAUACGUAUGGAGUUUUGAAAGCUUUAGUUCUAGCUAAUAAAAGAAGUUAGUUUGAAAAAAAGCCAAA